CCACGAGCUCGCAGCCUACGUGAAGAGCCAGUGGACCUUUACACAUAUUUGUUCCUUGCUCUCCAAGUGCCACUCUGUCACCAGACCGCUACAGUAUCCGUCAAUUCGCGUCCGCGAGCAUGCAAGAAAGGCCGAGCAGCACAGUGGUAUACCAAUCACCGCCCCCGUACUCACCACCUCCGUCCUACUCGAGGUCCGAGAUGGUAACAGAGAUGGGGUCCUCAGCGACGUCUUUCUCGGUUUCAUCCCCGGAGGUGUCGAUGCCGGGGCAACCAUGGAGCAGUACUAAUGGUCUCCCGGUACACAUGUCACGGUCCUUAUCACAGACGCAAGCUCCACGAUUAGUUCCCUCACGCACCCAUAUCAGCCGCCACAGCAACAUCAUCAUAGGCAGCUCGGCCAGCCGACUGUCGCUCCCGUCGGUUGCCGAAAUUACGCCCUGGCGGGUAACAACUGUGGCUUCGCGCAGACCCGAUAACAAGAUGGCAAGAUACUGGGCUGCAGCGCUCGCUGUUUUCGGCUUCGCUUCCCUCUGCGCUCUCGCUGUUACGGUGCUCAACAUGGCCGCGCCAGGCCAGAGCGCGCGCGGCGGAGAGAUGGACAAUGCCAGGAAGGAACUUAACCUGCGUCUGCAAGAACAGACGCGCAUGCUCGAGGUCUUCGGCCUUGAACUGCACUUAGAUCGACGGAAGGGCACCAAAGGCGUGACGUUGAAGCGACCACCUUUUUUCUCAAUUACCAAAAGGCGGCGAACGAGGGCCACAGCGACCGCCAUGACGUAUCCAAAGACAGUGCCGGGACAUCUGGACAAGACUUACUCGCCUCUCCCUGAAACUACAGACCUCAUACCCGGUGGACCCAACGCCGCGUUGCCUCAUUUGAGGAGCAGAGCGACGGCGUCACCCACGAAUGAAACAGAAGUCGACAUACGCACAUUGGCCGAGGCUGCCUCCGAAGCAGAGAACCCGAACGACACCACGUGGGUCGGACGCGGAGCCGCUUCGUGGGACUUUAUUGAAGCGAAUGCCACAACGGACACAGGGGCGCGCAACAAGUCUGUAUCGUUCGUGUCAAAGGCCUUGUUCGAGAUUUCUUCCGCGCAAGCCGAAGUGUCGGCGUCUCUCCCCACUGAGUCUUCGAUGCCACAGAAAUUGUACACGGCGGCCCCCAUCGCGACAGAGACGCCAGGCGUUUCUGGCUGGACGUCGCCAGCCAUGAGCUCCGCGCCUCAGGCAUAUAUCGAAGUCAGCAGUCUGGUUUCGGAAUUACCUUUGUCCGGUGGCGACAAAGCGCCCGUCAGAGGCACUACAGCCGUCACCACAGCCGUAUUCGUAACUCAACUAUUGGCGGGAAAUAACUCAAAACGACUUCAAGCUAAUCGGUUACACGGUUACAAUGACAGCGAUUUCAACUUGUUGCGAAGCUGGAUCCGAGUGAUAUGAGUGAUCGUGGCGCCGCGGGGCCAAAUGCCCUAGGACGCGCUUUAUUCUUUUUUUGGACAUGUCGGCGCUGGGAGUUGUAAUUUUCUUGAACGUCAAAACUUCACCUGCGCACUAAGGAAGCACUACAAUAAACGGUGAUAGGUUUUAAUUCCGAAUAAAGGUCUGUGUUGUCGGCGUUCA